AUGCCUCCAAGACUUAGUUCUCCAGGGUUCUACAAAGAGAAAGAAAGAUCCCGAAUAAGAAUCAGAUUGGAGUUUUUCACUGAGUUCCCAGGGUCCCGCAGAUACCAGCUUUGUGACUCUGGAUACAUGACUGUGUGCUCAGAGCACCACUUCCUCUUACGGCAACAGCCACCAGAUCUGCGCUGUGAUCAGCCCCGUAUUCAACCACCUCUCCUGACAAGUGCUGGCAGAAUGUGGCUCCUGUCCUGGCUGGUCCUGGUGGCCUCCCUUUGCAGCUAUGCAAAUGGAGGCAUUUUCAUAACACAAUUCAUACCAUCCAUUACCAAGAAAAAAGGAAACACAGCAUUUUUAGAAUGCCAAGUAAAAACGGGUGUCUUAAAGAAAAACGUAAAUAUACACUGGUAUCGACAAAGGCCAGACCAGCCUCUAAAACGCAUUCUGUAUAUUUCCUCAAACGAAAAUGUGGUCCACGAACAAGGUAUUAGUGAGGAAAAAUAUGAAGCCAGGAAACGACAGAGGGAUUUGCCAGCGAGCCUGAGGAUACACAAAAUUAGUGAGGACGAUGCUGGGCUGUAUUACUGCGCCUGCUGGGAUCCACUGGACCUGGCCACUGUCUCUACAGGACUUGUCUCCUGCAUCUGUGUCCUCAGCAAGCGUUUUUGUAGAAGCUCUAACCAGUGUGAUGAGUCAGGCUGGAUCAAGAUAUUUGCAGAAGGAACUAAGCUCAUAGUAACUCCCCCAGAUAAAAGCCCUGAUGAAGACACUUCCCCCAAGCCCACGAUUUUUCUUCCUUCACCUGCUGAAAGAACACUCCAUAAGACUGGAACAUAUCUUUGUCUUCUUGAGGAUUUUUUCCCUGAUGUUAUCAAGGUAAAUUGGAAAGAAGAAAAUGGCAAAACAAUUCUGAAAUCCCAGCAGGGAAACACCAUGAAGACUAAGGACACAUACAUGAAAUACACCUGGCUCACUGUGACAGAAAAGUCAAUGGAUAAAGAACACACAUGUAUUGUCAAACAUGAGAAGAAUAAAGGAGGGGUUGAUCAAGAGAUUCUGUUUCCUUCAAUAAACACAGAUUUGGUGUCGGUGAUGGGAUCUGAAAUGGACUUCCAGGGGCGAUCAGAGACAAGGAGACAGCCAGGGGAGGUAACUGUGAGCCCCUUGAGUUCACUGUCCUCCUCAUCAUUUUCAAGGGCUGUAGAUCUCACUGCUAUUCACUCUACAGAAGCUUCUCUGAAGGAUGAAAAUGAUGCCCUGCAUCUGCAUCUCGUGAACAACUCUGCCUACUAUACUUACCUCCUGCUCCUCCUCAAGAGCAUGGUCUCUUCUGCCAUUAUCACUGUCAAUCUGCUUGGGAAACCCACACUCUUUGGUAAUGGGAAGAGUUCCUAACACAUGGUGGCACAAAAGGUCCACCUUUUUCUGUUGGCUGUUAUCCCUAAAAGCCAGUAGGCACCUUCCCAGGCAUGUCCCCUGGGGCUCUUUAACAAGAUGACUUCCUUGAAGCCUUUUAAUUUACACACCCUGAGGCCUCUAUCUUUGUUAAUGAAUUCUGUACUGUUUUUCCUAAAAAGAACAAGUAAAAUAAUCAAGACUCUA